GUGGUGUCUGUAUAGUCACAUGCAGGGAGGUCGGUGGUGUCUGUAUAGUCACAUGCAGAGAGGUCGGUGGUAUCUGUAUGGUCACAUGCAGGGAGGUCGGUGGUAUCUGUAUGGUCACAUGCAGGGAGGUCGGUGGUGUCUGUAUGGUCACAUGCAGGGAGGUCGGUGGUGUCUGUAUGGUCACAUGCAGGGAGGUCGGUGGUGUCUGUAUAGUCACAUGCAGGGAGGUCGGUGGUGUCUGUAUAGUCACAUGCAGAGAGGUCGGUGGUGUCUGUAUAGUCACAUGCAGGGAGGUCGGUGGUGUCUGUAUAGUCACAUGCAGGGAGGUCGGUGGUGUCUGUAUGGUCACAUGCAGAGAGGUCGGUGGUGUCUGUAUAGUCACAUGCAGGGAGGUCGGUGGUGUCUGUAUAGUCACAUGCAGAGAGGUCGGUGGUGUCUGUAUAGUCACAUGCAGGGAGGUCGGUGGUGUCUGUAUAGUCACAUGCAGGGAGGUCGGUGGUGUCUGUAUGGUCACAUGCAGGGAGGUAGGUGGUGUCUGUAUGGUCACAUGCAGGGAGGUCGGUGGUGUCUGUAUGGUCACAUGCAGGGAGGUCAGUGGUGUCUGUAUGGUCACAUGCAGGGAGGUCGGUGGUGUCUGUAUGGUCACAUGCAGGGAGGUGGGUGGUGUCUGUAUGGUCACAUGCAGGGAGGUCGGUGGUGUCUGUAUGGUCACAUGCAGGGAGGUCGGUGGUGUCUGUAUAGUCACAUGCAGGGAGGUCGGUGGUGUCUGUAUAGUCACAUGCAGAGAGGUCGGUGGUAUCUGUAUGGUCACAUGCAAGGAGGUCGGUGGUGUCUGUAUAGUCACAUGCAGAGAGGUCGGUGGUGUCUGUAUAGUCACAUGCAGAGAGGUCGGUGGUGUCUGUAUAGUCACAUGCAGGGAGGUCGGUGGUGUCUGUAUAGUCACAUGCAGGGAGGUCGGUGGUGUCUGUAUGGUCACAUGCAGGGAGGUCGGUGGUGUCUGUAUAGUCACAUGCAGGGAGGUCGGUGGUGUCUGUAUAGUCACAUGCAGGGAGGUCGGUGGUAUCUGUAUGGUCACAUGCAGGGAGGUCGGUGGUAUCUGUAUGGUCACAUGCAGGGAGGUCGGUGGUGUCUGUAUAGUCACAUGCAGAGAGGUCGGUGGUGUCUGUAUGGUCACAUGCAGAGAGGUCGGUGGUGUCUGUAUAGUCACAUGCAGGGAGGUCGGUGGUGUCUGUAUAGUCACAUGCAGAGAGGUCGGUGGUGUCUGUAUAGUCACAUGCAGAGAGGUCGGUGGUGUCUGUAUAGUCACAUGCAGGGAGGUCGGUGGUGUCUGUAUAGUCACAUGCAGGGAGGUCGGUGGUGUCUGUAUGGUCACAUGCAGGGAGGUCGGUGGUGUCUGUAUGGUCACAUGCAGGGAGGUCGGUGGUGUCUGUAUAGUCACAUGCAGGGAGGUCGAUGGUGGUGUCUGUAUAGUCACAUGCAGGGAGGUCGAUGGUGGUGGUACAUUAACAUACAUAUCCCUGAUGGCGGAUUAUCGGAUAUCUUGAACUACUGGAUUUGUAUGAAAUGUACAUACACUUUGACAAAAAAUAUUCCGCACCCAGAUAGAAAUGUCGGAUUGCGUCAAAACUCAGCCUGCAGUUAUGUAUUAGGCAGAUAUACAGUAUAAGUGAUUACCGGUGUGGUCUAAUUAGACCCUGGGUCUUGCCCCAAGAGGGUGUACAAGUACUUCCCGGUACCCUUUAAAAAGGCUCUCAGAGGCUACUUUUGGGUAGUGUACCUCUUGGUGAGCGAUUGUUGACUGCUGGACAUGCUUCCACAGUGCACUUGAAGACAUUUUGCCCAGUUGACAGACUUUGAGAGCGGGCACAUCAUUGGUCUGAGAGAUUCAGGAUCAUUUAGAUAAAUUACCCGCCAUCUAGGACGUUCUGGGAGUGGUUGUUAUGUGAGGGCACAAAAACACAUGGUGAAUAGGCUCUGGACGGCUGAGAUAGACCACCGGUAGAGAGUAAUGUUUGAUCUGCUGACAAGCACGAGCAGCUCCCACAGUUUUGUUGUCCACCAUCCAGACACAGGUGGCUCCUUCAUUACACACCUCUGUCUCUGCCCGGACUAUUUCCAGGGGCUUAGAAUAAGAAAAUUUGGUGUCAUGGCGCCCAUUACAUGUCCUGCCAUUGACAGCCAGCCACCAUCACCUUUGUUAGCAGUGAUGUUAAGAAGGAUGAACAUGGACUGGUAAGGGCUGGAACUGUAUUGUCUUUAGUGAUGAAUACAGGUUCUGUUUGGGAUCCUACAAGAGCUGUGUUCAAGUAUGGAGACCUCUUGGUGGGCGCUUCAAUCCUGCCUUGGCUGUGGAGGUGGAGCGACACAUUGCUCCAGCUGCUGGUGUGAUCAUCUGAGGAGCCAUCACAUAUGACAGUCGGUCAACCCUAGUAGUUAUAGCUUCCAACUCCUCUUGUAUCCAGGCUAGAGGCCGAAUCUCAUGUUGUAUCCAGGCUAGAGGCCGAAUCUCAUGUUGUAUCCAGGCUAGA